GGAAAACAAAAUUUCAGAGUAUUUUCUAUUGCCAGUGCAUCAGAAAAAAAAAGCAUUUUCCUGGAACCUGCAGCUUCCAGAUUCUACAGAAAUCUUUUGGGCGCCUCUCCACUGUGUUUAUCCUCUUCAAAAUUAACAAAACCCAAUGUUGGCCUGUGUGAGUAUCACACGGAGCACGUCAGAUGUCUUGUGAGGCUGUGAAUGCUCGGUUUGAGGUGCUUGAGAAAAAAACUGUGCGUGGCUGGGGGGGGCCUCUGCCUGAGGAGUUAGCAGUGCCUGCACCGAGCCAGCAGUGCGCUUGUCUGAACAAGAAGGAGCUGCAGGCAGCCAGCAGGCAGGUAAGGAUUAACCCAAGCUUCAUGUGUACAGUACAGACCGAAGAAACAGCUACGCCGCUGGGAACUGUUAUAGCUCAGCUCCUCGCUGCAUCUCACCAGGGGCAAAACAGAGCUUGUGCUUAAUGAGGUAUUUCUGAUCCUCCCCAUGUUCCCUCUCCCUGCAAAGAAAACACUAGAAGCUGUGUGGUGGCUUUGUCUAUCCAGCAGCCGUCUCUGUUCUCUCUUCCCCUCACCUCUCACUCCAUCACAAACUCCAUCCCCAUCGCACCAAUUUUGCCACAAGAUUUUCCGGCUCCCAUUUCAGGCUUCCUUUCCCACCCCUGACAGUUGUCUCUGCAUCUGCCGUCUUCUUACUGCCCAGCAGGAAAAAAAAAAAAAGCCUUUCUCACUUGAAUUGGAGCUGGAUUCACAAGGUUCCAGCAGGGCUACAAGAAAACGUGGGGAUGCCAGAUUUUGAGUGCUAUCCAAGACAGCAGCUUCUUGGCAGCAUGUCCUGAGUAGAACUGGGACCUUCCCUUUGUCAGGACAGAGUGGUGCCCAUCCACACCCUGCCUGAGGCUGCAGGACCUCACAGAUUAAAAGGGAGGCUGGGCUUCCAACCUGCUGGAGACAGCCAGAGUGUGGGAGAGCCAGAAGAACACGGAUGGGAGUGUCCCAGUGCUGCUAGCAUGGGGUCCUGGGAAGCUGAGAGCUGGCCCUGCCCAGAUGCCUAUCAGCUUUGCAGUGACACCUAUGUUCUUCGCUGCCUUUUGACAUCCUUUGCAGAAGACAAACAGGCACGCAGUAAUUUCAACACGGGUAGUCAAACUGCUGCUUACAGGGUGAUACUAAACCGUUUCUGUCUUUGAUUAGUCACGCCUCAGGGCAAAUGAUAUUUAAAAUAAGGAAUCUUGCUACAAUAGGAGGUGCCCCACCUUUUGAGAAAGAAGCGCAAGUUGUAUAACUUCAGACCAGUCUUCAUUCCUUGGCUGAUAACUUCCUCCUUUCACCACACCUACAUUACUGGCUGAAAAAGAGAGCAAACUCUUGUCAGAGACAGCGAGUACAUGCCAAAGAAACUGCGGGACCCGCAAGAUUUUCUACCUGUAGAAGUUCCAUGUGGGAGCCCAUAUGCUGAGGCUGUGUGUCAUGCUCUUCUGCUUUUUGUAUGGGGUGAAAACAGAUCCCAGGGAGAUAUGUCCUGCUUUCACCGUGCUCAGCUUCAGCAGCGCCUUGAUAGGGACCGACCUGGAAGUGAAGCUGAUGCUGUACACCAGACAGAAUGAAGACUGUGCCGAAGAGCUCAAUUCAACGGCCUCCAAGUAUCUAGAUCUGAGCAAGAAAACCACCUUCAUUAUCCAUGGAUACCGGCCCACAGGCUCUGCCCCGGUCUGGAUCCCUGACCUGGUGCAUCUCCUGCUUUCUGUAGAGGAUAUGAACAUCAUCGUUGUGGACUGGAACCGGGGGGCAACUACUGUCAUCUACAGUAACGCUUCCAGAAAUGGCAAGAAAGUUGCUGAGAUUCUGAGGAAAUUUAUGGAUGAAAUGUUGAUUAAUGGAGCAUCACUCGACUCCAUUCACAUGAUAGGAGUAAGCCUGGGAGCGCACAUCUCCGGCCUCGUGGGACAGAUGUUUAAUGGUCAGCUGGGAAGGAUCACAGGCCUCGACCCAGCGGGCCCCUUGUACAGAGGAAAGCCACCCAGUGAGAGGCUGGACCCUACUGAUGCACAGUUUGUUGAUGUCAUUCACUCGGACACCGAUGGACUGGGCUAUGCAGAUGCCCUCGGCCACAUUGACUUCUACCCCAACGGCGGCACCGACCAGCCAGGCUGCCCACCAACAGUAUUUGCUGGAUUGAAGUACUUUAAAUGUGACCACCAGAGGUCUGUUUUCCUCUUCAUGGCGUCCCUGAAAAAGAGCUGCAAUAUCACGACGUACCCGUGUGAGUCGUACAGGAGCUACAGGAAGGGCAAAUGUACCAGCUGCAAAACCUUCCAGCCGAUGCCAUGCCCCGUCCUAGGCUAUUACGCCCACGAGUGGAAAAGCCAUUUAAUACAACAGAGCCAUCCAGUGACAAAUAUGUAUUUCGAUACAGCAGAUGAAGAGCCAUUUUGCCUUUACCACUACUUAGUGGAUAUCAUUACCUGGAACAAGGGCACCAGGAGGGGCACCCUCAGCGUGGUGUUAGCUGACAGCACCGGGAAGAAGGCAGAAUCCAAAGUUAACCCUGAAGCUGCAGCCUUCCAGCAGUACAACCACAUCAGCUUGCUCGUUGGAUUCAACCAGGAUUUUGAAAACAUAAAAAGAAUUUCCGUGACGUUUUCCACAGGAUCUGUCAUCGGCCCCAAAUUCAAACUCAGGAUUCUCCAGAUGAGGUUCCAAUCACUCACAAACCCAGAAAGGCCGCCGCUGUGCCGAUACGACGUGGUGCUGACGGAGAACGCGGAGCGCAGCUUCAGGCCCAUCCCGUGCGCGGAGCGGCGAAGGACAGGCGGCGGCUGAGAGCUCCGGCGCGUCCCGCGGGCACCGCACGGCGGCG